AUGCUGAUUAUCGGACUGACUGGCUCCAUAGCAACGGGCAAGUCAACAGUCUCAUCUAUCCUCUCCACGCCACCCUACUUGCUCCCAGUAAUCGAUGCCGAUCUUCUCGCCCGCAAAGUAGUCGAACCUGGCACCGCAGGCUACAAAGCAAUCGUCAACUAUUUCGGCCCCAGCACACCAGACCUACUAUUAGAAAAUGCGCCCACAAGUGUGAAUGGAAAACCACUGAAUCGGCCGGCGUUGGGGCGACGCGUCUUCGGCAGCACAGAAGAACGCAAACGUGACCGACAAAUUCUCAACGGCAUCGUCCACCCCGCCGUACGGUGGGAAGUCUACAAAGCCCUGAUCUACCACUACCUGCGCGGGCAAUGGGCAGUUGUCCUGGAUGUGCCGCUCCUGUUCGAGAGUGGGAUGGAUCUGAUCUGCGGGACAGUGAUUGUGGUCGGCGUUCACGAUCCUGAGAUCCAAACGGCGCGGUUGCGCGCCCGAGAUGCGCAUCUUACAGCCGAGGAUGCAGAGAACCGGGUGCGGAGUCAGGGGGAUGUUCGGACGAAAGCGACGCAGGCCGAGUUCCGGGGGACGACGACAGGGCGCGGGGUCGUGUUGUGGAAUGAUGCUGAUAAGGCGGAGCUGGAAGUUGCUGUUAAGGGGGCUAUGGCUAGUAUUGCGGCAUCAAGUCCGAGAUGGUGGGCUUGGACGUUGUUGGUUGUGCCACCGGUUGGGUUUGGGGUUGCUGCAUGGAAUUUGAUCGUGAAUUUUGCGACGCAGAAAGGAUGGGAGAAGCGGAAGCAGGAGGAGAAGGCGAAGCUAUGA